AUUCUAUCAUGACAAAGGUGACCUGAGACAUACCAGAGGAGAGUGAAACUCCAUAUGCAGCCUGGAUAUUCUUUCCUCAAGGAUUUGCUAUCUAUCAUGGACUAUAUUUGAGAAAAAGCUGCCAUCUGUUGGAUUUACUGCAUUUCGUUUGGAUUUUGAGGGUUCAUGCAGCAGCUGAGCAGCCAUGGAAGGUCAGGGGGCACUGACUGAGAUGUCUCUGCUGAAAGUUUCUCCUGAAUGAUAGAGAUCCAGCAUGUAGCAGAGGUGAACAAGUGCCUUCACGCUUGGGAACAAUCUGACAACAAAAUGGGGAAUUCGUACGCCGGGCAGCUGAAGUCUGCUCGAUUUGAAGAGGCUCUCCAUAACUCCAUUGAGGCAUCACUGCGCUCCAGCAGUGGAGACCCUCAGCCAAUCUUCACGCAGCUCUACCUGGACCCUGAACCAUAUCCUGGUAACAUGGAAGAUGUAAAGCCAAAAGCUGACGUCCAAUGCGGAGAGCCGCCUGGCCACGACCUCAUGAACGGCCACUCAUCCAACGAUACGGAGGAGCUGGAGGAUGACGAUGACUCAGACAGCAGCAGCCCUCCUCUUCCCUACCUACAGACCCCUGCACCUGACGGCUGCUGCACAUUAGACGGGUUCUGUCAGGCCGGCAAGGACCUCCGACUGGUCUCCAUAGCAACAGAACCCAUUGACAUCCCAGCAGGCUUUGAGUUGGUUGGCGCCAAGUCCCCCGGUGUCCCCGAGCACAUCCUCGUGUGUGCUGUGGACCGCCGCUUUUUGCCUGAUGAGAACGGGAAAAAUGCACUUUUAGGUUUUUCAGGAAACUGCGUAGGCUGUGGGGAAAAGGGUUUCAGAUACUUCACUGAGUUUUCCAACCACAUCAACCUGAAGUUAUCCACGCAGCCCAAGAAGCAGAAGCACUUAAAACACUACCUGGUGAAGAAUUCUCAGGGUGCUCUGUGCAAAGGACCCCUCAUCUGCUGGAAAGACUGUAAAACCCGUCAGUUCUCCAACAGCGUGUCAACAUCCAAACCCAGCUCGUCCUCCUCCCUCAGCAGCAAAGAAAACGGAGGCACCAGCGGACACAGCUCAUCUCCCUUUUCCCUCUCAGAUUCUCCACCCACCAGAACGACGCAGGUAUCAUCAGUCUUUUUUGGGAGUCAGGACCUCAGCAGAGACAUCAGUUUCCUCAAACCUCUGGUGUCCACACCAGGAAACAAGACUCUACCAAUAGUUCCCACAGCUCUGAGGGUGAACGUGGUGGCUAAUGGUCUGGGUGUUGAUGGACGUCCUCCCUUACUGAGCCCCUCCCAGGUGUCGUUAGGGCCUCAGAGUCAGGGUUAUCGCACUGCUGAUCUAGGAGACAGUCCUGUAUCCUCCGCCAUGAACUCUGGUCCUCCAAAGAAGCGCCACCGGAGCUGGCAUCCCAGUUCGAUGGUACCUGUCCCACCAACAGCUGUCCCCGUGCCAGCCAUCCGGCCCAUAGUUUGCUCUCCAGGCUCUGUAUUAGGUGUGUCCCCUCCUCAGCCACCAGUAUCAGGAGUCAUUCAGCCUCAGCCUGUCACCGCUGGAGAGACAGUCAUUGUCCCUGACAACCUGCUCAGCUCUUCAGGAGUUCGCCCUGUCAUCUUGAUCGGGCACGGCACUUUACCUUAUUUCUAUGGGAAUGUUGGGGACAUAGUAGUGAGCCCACUGCUGGUCAGCUGCUACAAGAGCAGCCAGCUGACAGAGAAAAACCUGGAGAUGCUGGGCCUCAACAGGAGCCAGCUUCUCUGUGUGGAGACGAUGAUCCUGCUCUCUUUGCAGUAUCUUGCACGCUUAGGCUCAGAUCAGAUUCCUUUGCGAGAGGAGUUAGAGCAGAUUGUUCUGAAGGCCAUGCUGUGCUGCCCCGGGGGUCCCGCCAUCUCCCCCUCCCAGCUGCCCUGGUUAGCUCGGCUUGAAGCCAGCGUCUCUGGUGGCAGUGUCCAAGUCGUGGUCACCCACAACUCUUUGGGAGAGGGCAUCUCGGAGUCCCUCCGCUCUCUCACCGAGGGUCCUCACCACCAGCAGUGCCUGCCCACCUAUGUUGUCAUCAUAUGUGCCUCCAAAGUGAGCGGCAAUGAGUUCUGCGUGCUUGUUUUGGGGAAGUACCAGGCACGGGCCUUAGCUGAAGGCAUGCUAACAACCAAUGAGUUCCUGAAGGAGAUAAGCUAUGAACUUAUCACGGGGAAAGUCAGCAUCUUGGCUUCUCACUUCAAAACCACGUCACUGGGGGACAAUCUGGACAAGCAGCUGGUGCGAUACCAGCGUCGGCGGAAGGGGCAGGUCAUCCAGCCCUUCCAAGGCGAUGUCACUGACUACAUCCACUCCCAGGAGGCUGCCAGCAUGUCACCCCCCUCGGGCAGAGCAGAGCUGUUAAAUAAGAUCUUUCAGAUCUACCCAACCCAGCUGAGUGUGGCUCGCAGCCUCCUCUCUCAAGUCUGCUCCAUCGCUGACUCAGGGACACAGAAUCUGGACUUGGGGCGUUUUUGUAAAGUGGACUUUCUGGUUUUGGUGCCUCCAUCCCAUAUUCUAGUGCACCAGACGGCACAGCGCAUCCGACAAUCAGGAGUUCUUGUGGACCUGGGAAUAGAAGAUGCCUCCUCAGCCUACCAGAAAUCCGACAAGUAUGUGGUGCGCCUUGACGCUGACGUGCACACCAAGAUGGAGGCCUUCAUGAAGAAAGUCAAACAGAACCCCUACACCCUGUUUGUCCUCAUCCAUGACAACUCACACGUAGACCUCACAAGUGCUCUGUCAGGCUCUGUGUGCCAUGGGGAGCUGCAGGGAUUGGCUGACCGAGUGGUGAACUGCCAGGAAGUCCUGGAUGCCAUGAACCUCCUGGUCCUGCAGGUCAGCUGCUUCCCAUACACACUGCAGACCCACCAGUCCCGCAUCAGCAUCCAUAAUGAAGUUCACUGGCCCUCCAGCGAAAGUCUGCAGGGGGAGCAGUCUGCUAAUGAGUUGGUCUACUUUGGCCUGAGGGACUACAGCAGCUCCCUGCAGUGGGGCGUGGCCAGCCCCAUCCUGCGCUGUGAUGAUGCCUUUGAGAAGAUGGUCCACACGCUGCUGGAGAGACAUCCACACCUCCACAGCAUGGUGAUCCGCAGCUACCUGCUGAUUCAGCAGUACACUGAGGCUAUGAUGGCGCUGACCUCCUCCCCCUCCCUGAGAGACCACAUCACCCCAGAGACCCUGGCCAUGGUGGAGGACCUGAUCAAUGCCCCCAGCAGAGAGGGCUCCCAGGGUAGGGGUCACAUGCUGCUUGUUCGAGUCCCCUCGCUGCAGCUGGCCAUGCUGGCUCGGGAGAGACUGGAGGAUGUGAGGGACAAACUGGGACUCCAGCUGUGCUUUGCUGUACUGCUGGGAAGCCCCGCCUCCGAACUCAACUUGCCCAGAAACUUCAUCAACCGCCUCAGGGCGUGGAGAGGCUGCGAAAAUGAAGAGUGGGUACCGCACACUUAUGAGGAUCUGGAGGGCCUGCCCUGUAUCGUCAUCCUCACAGGGAAGGACCCUCUUGGAGAAACAUUCCCCAGGUCUCUGAAAUACAGUGACCUGCGUCUCAUAGACUCAAGCUACCUGACUCGAACAGCACUGGAGCAGGAGGUCGGUCUGGCCUGCACCUACGUGUCCAUGAGCGUUGUCACGGAGCCCAAGAGGGAGAUGGUCCCUCGGGAGUCAGACGGAGAGAAGAUGGCCACCAGCCUGAAUGAUGGAGAUGAGCUGGAAAGACCACAGAGUAAUGGCAGCGCUGCAACCAGAACCUCUGGCUCGCAGGCAGAGAAUGGUGUCAGUUCAUCUGAUGUCACAGACUCUUUACAGAAGCCCUCCACCUCCUCCUGCCCUCCUGAAGGUGCUGUCACCUCCGACAUGGGAUCAAGAGAAGGCUUUAAACAGGAGUGCGACUCCCUGGGAAGCCAACUCUCCUCCAACCCCUCCAAAACCUCCAAGGCCCCUCCCUCUCUUUGCUCCAGUUCCUCUUCCUCUUCCCUUUCGCCAUCGUCCUCCUCCACCCAGCGGCCCAGCCAGUCUACGCAGUGCAGUCGAGACCCCAAACCCACCCGUGUGUCACCCAGGACCGUCAUCAUGUCUCGGGCGGCGUACAACUUGCUGUCAGGGGAAUCAGGGAGUCAGCUGAGCUCCUACUCCCUGCUGCCUCACGCAGACGUGGCCUGGAACAGCCCGCUGAGGCCCCUUAUCACCUCCAACUUACAGGGGGCGGAUCAGAGUACGUACUACCGGCAGUGGACUGUCGCCAGGCAGCAUCACGCCGACCAUGAAGCUCCAUCUGUGCCACAUCCACGGCGCCUGCUGCUCAGUGGACCGCCACAGGUGGGAAAAACUGGUGCCUAUCUGCAGUUUCUCCGUAUCCUGUUUCGGAUGCUCAUCAGACUGUUAGAGGUAGAUGUGUAUGAUGAGGAAGAGGAGGAGGAAGGAGAAACAUCAGAAGUCACAACCCCGGUUAUUACCCAGUUGCCUGAUAUUGAGGAAGUUCGAAAGUUGCCCUUUGACCUCUACCCUCGGGACCCUAAGUUCAGGAAGGCCAGCUCUGUUUACACUGACAAGAUGCCAAUGUGUAUAAAAGAUUUAAAGCAAGAAGAAGAGAGCCAAACAGUAGCCAAAAGAGAAACCAAGUCCAUUCGUCUGAGCAGAUUUGCCGCCCACAAUGCCUUUCAUCACUGUGAACAGUGUCAGCACUACUGUGAACCUGGCCCAGCCACACAGCUAUCGGAGUGCACCUUCCAUGCCUUCACCUUCUGCUCGUCCAUGCUGGGUGAGGAGGUCCAGCUCCAGUUUGUCAUUCCUAAAGCCAAGGAGCAGCACUUUGUCUUCAGUCAGCAGGGUAGCCAUCUGGAGAGCAUGCACCUGCCGCUGGUCUCCGCAAAGGACCCUGAUCUGUUAAAGAGCCCGAUCUUUACCCCGACUACAGGACGACAAGAGCACGCCCUGCUCAACAUUUUUCACGCCAUGGAGGGCACUGCUCAUCUGCACAUUCUUGUGGUCAAGCAAUUUGAGAUGCCACUCUACAGGAAGUACUGGCCCAACCACAUCUUGCUUGUCCUGCCGGCUAUGUUCAACAGCGCAGGAGUUGGUGCUGCACGCUUCAUGAUCAAAGAGCUGUCGUACCAUAACCUGGAGCUGGAGAGAAACCGACUGGAGGAGCAAGGUGUCAGAAGACAAGAUGUAUGGCCCUUCAUUGUCAUGAUGGAUGACUCCUGUGUGCAGUGGAAGGCUCACCAGCCGGCAGACAGCAGUGAGACAUCAGACAUAGGUUCUACCCUCACUGACAUAUCUCUGAAGACGGUGCUGCAGCAUAUGGAAAACACACCAAAGAUAUCCCUGUAUGCCAUGUGCGGUGCACGCAAGUGGAGCAGCAACCUAGCUCGCAAGUCCCCCAGUCAACCCUUCAGCCGGUGUCACCUCCACGACUUUGUCAUGCUCAACGUGGACCUGACGCAGAAUGUUCAAUAUGACCUAAAUCGGUAUAGCUGUGAGGAGGUGGACUUCAAUCUUCGAGUGAACAGCAGUGGGCUGCUGCUGUGCCGCUUCAACCACUUCAGCCUCAUGAAGAAACACAUUCCAGUUGGGGGAAACAAAGACUUCCUGGUCAAACCUAAACUCAUGGAAAUUGAAAACCCCGCCCCCAUCAGCCCGUCACAGUAUGUCUGCGCCCCAGACAGUGAGCAGACCCUCCUGGAUGCCCCAGCCCAGUUCCUUCUUGAAAGAUUCUUACAAAGCUGCAGCCACAGACUUUUUCCAAAGGCUGUUAAGAACAGGAACAACCCAGUUCUGUCCAUCGACAGCUACCUCAACAUCAGCCCAGAGAUCACUGUAUGUUACAUCAACUCUCGCCCACACUCCACCAACCUGAAUCAUCAGGGGCUGCUGUUCAGUGGCCUCCUGCUUUACCUCUGUGACUCCUUCGUCGUCUCUGGACUCCUCAAGAAGUUCCGCUUCCUUAAAGGUGCCACUCUCUGCGUAAUCAGCCAGGACCGAAGUUCCCUCCGUCAGACCAUCGCCCGACUGGAGCUGGAGGAUGAGUGGCAGUUCCGCCUGCGGGACGAAUUUCAGACAGCCAACUGCAGCGAGGACCGGCCCCUCUACUUUCUGACUGGCCGCCAUGUUUGAACCCAAACUGGCUUCAAUGCUCUGCUACUGAAACACAAUCAGAGAGGAGAGACUUAUAAACAAACCAGCCAGCAAUCACAAUUCCUGUCAUUCCGCUGGAAGGUCAGAAAGGGAUUUGCUGGAGCACAAAUCUGAAGUGCCCUACAAGUGGACACCUUAUGUGGCUUUCCCUACACCUGCACCACCACAGUGUACUCUCCCAGCUCUGUAGAGGGUCAGGGUUGGAUGUAACUCUGGUUUGUAACUGGGCUUGCCUCCCAAAAGCUUACUGACCUACUGACAAAGACUUUGCUGCGGAAGAAAAAGCACAGCUGAAACUGAACUUUUGAUUCUUUUGUUGUAUUUUUUGCAAAAACGAACGCUUUCCCAUUGAUGAUGUGACUAUUUGAAGAUUGUAAUGUGUAUAUGGACUAUGAAAGUGCGUCCCAUGCUGGGCGUACUUGUUUAUCUCAGGGUUUUAAAGGGAGAUCCAAGGGUGGUUGCAGAAAGAGGUACAGCUUUUCUCCACUGCAUUAACUUCUGUUGCUACCAAAGACAUCCUCAGCUGCGUGUUACCUUUUCUCUUCGCUUUCCUUCACACCUGCUCUGCCUCAUAGACUCUAGAACUCACUACAUUCAAAACACACUAACAUAGAGGUUGACAGAUUCCUACUACCAAGAGUAUCACUUUAAUACCAUUGGGGUUUAAACAGAGUACGACUUUAGGAGUCAGCACAUUGAGGACAUGUUCUGUUCCACUUUUUUCCUUCCUGUUAUCAAUUCUGAUACCAAGACCAGACUAAGGCUGAGAUACAAACAGAAUGUUGAUGUAAAAACACAGGUGGCUGACUAUUUGCUAGCUUUGGCUAACAUUCCGCUCCCUGCUGGGACCACGUUGUUUUUUUUUGUUAUUGUCACAAGAUAUUUUACAUCAAACCAGUGAAUUUUAAUGGAACAAAUAUUGAAAUGGUAACAAGAAAGGAAAAAAGUAUGAGUUUUAGCUGCAAAUGGGACCCAUUUUCUGCUGUGCCUCUUGAAAUAUUUAUAUGGCAUUGAUAAUCCUUCUGACAAGGAGCGUAUGAGUGUGGCUAUAGUGUCCAAAUGACUCACACACAAUUUAAUCCAAUAGUUCUAUCACAAUUAAAGAAAAGAAAAGUCUUUUCAAGAAUGUAGUAUGUUGAUGUUUUGUUCUGGCUUGAGUUUAGUGGAGGUCUGCAGUCCAAAGGGUUUUACUCUUCAGUGUAAUACUAAUCAAAGCAACAUGAAAGUAAGACACUUAUGUUCUUAUCAACAUAAAUCUUAGCAUUUAAGCAUAUACAGACUUAAAUACUGGGUAUUUUAAUCACAUUAUGUCAGUAAAUGCUUUUAAUAAUCACUGCCAAGUAUCCUGCUACUCACUGUGCCUGAGUUUCACCUCCUGUUCUAACGUUUGCUCUGAGACUGUUUUUACAUAGACGGUUGAGGUGAGAGUCCUAAACUGCAACCUCUCCCUGCCAAAAUGAAGUGUAAUCAAAGAAGAAGAAGUAGCCAAAAGCAGCUGACCUUACCAUUUCAUGUACUUGAAAUAAGAAUGUUUUUAUAUGUUUCUGCACAGGGUUGUCCAUAGAAUAUGCCUUAGGUGAGGUUUCAGACUGUCACUGCUCGAGUCACUACAUUUUUAUUUUGACCAGUGAGAAUGAAGAAACCAGUUAACUGUGAGGAGGAAACAAAGUAAUGUUUGAGUUGAGCAAAAUGAAAUCAUUUGAUUUUGGACUACUGUACUGUUUAAAGCUUUGUUUACAUUAUUAAUAUAUUCUAUCAUCCCCUAAACCGCUGAGGGUUACUGAUGUUUUUUAGUCUUGUGUAACUUUUGCCAGUAUAUUUUGGUCAUAAUGUCUUUCUGCAUUUUUUGUGAUGUUUGCAAAGGCAAGAAGAAUCUACCUAGAUGUGUCUUUACCCAUAUGUCUGUGUCCCUUCUUGUUCUUGUGUUGGAUUAUUGUGAAAAAAUUGAAAUCAAGUCCAUGCGGGGAUUCUUAUUUAUUUGACAAGCAUUUUGGACUGAUAAUCAUAUUGAUGUGUAAUAUUUGAUUGCAUGCUGAGCUCUCUUAAAACAAGGGCAUGUGUCCUCUUCAAAACCAUCCAUGAAGGCUUUGCACAAGACCCAAAAUGAAUGAUUCUUCGAUCUACUGAAUGUCAUGGGGGGCGGCAAAUGUAAACUUGCACUAUACAAGUUGCCAGCUGAAUAAAUUGUUUCCCAUUAUUACAUGAAACCAAAAAGUUAGUCCAAAUGGAAGACUGGUGAUCAAAAGUUUAACUUAAACUCCAAAGGUCCACAGAAUGUGUCUUCUUUUUGAUAAUUUAACACAUAAUAUGCAACUUGCUUUCACAAUCUUCACUGAAAUAUGUUUGAUGACCAUGUGCAGCCGUGUGGUAGCCGUGGUGUCUGGUGAUCUACCUCAUGUUUACUAUUGUGGUUGCAGCCUGUGAAGGUAUGACAUCAGUCAUGCUGUUGUUGAUGAAAAUUUAUGAAUGUAAUAAAAAUUACUUUUAAACUCA